CUGGGCUGUAGCUCUCUGUCUCCCCUUUGUGCACUGCUUAUAAAGAAGUUAAAAAAUUAGCUCAUAUAGAGUACAGGAAAAAAUCACAGAUGAUGAGAAGAAGAGGCUGAGUAGUACUAAAGUAAGCCUUGGUCGUGUUAGGAGCUGGAUUACAACGUAAGACAAAGAGUUACGGUUCAAAUGGGUGAAGCAAACCUGAGUGUCAUCAUAGCCCUUCUAACUCUAGUGGGAGGCCUGAGUUACGAUCAGCAUGUACAGCAGUUCCCAUCACAUAUCACAGCAGAGACUGGAAAUGCCGUAACAAUGAACUGUAUAUACAACAGCACAGAGGGGACCCAGAGGGUGCGUAUGGCAUUCAAACGUUUAGCAAAGCAGCCCAAUGAAAUAAUCUUCUCAAUUAAUAAUAAUACUACAAUACAUCAUUCAUACCUAAAGAAGGUGACAUACAAAAAGAAAGACUCCUUCCUGGAGAUGACAAUCCUUAACGUGGAAGAAGAUGACAGUGACAUAUAUGUGUGUGAAGUAAAUUUUGAGAUUCCAUUGCUUAAACAGAUGAAAGGAGGUGGGACAAACCUUACUAUCAAAGAUUCCUUUAACUAUACUGCAGUAAACGAUGACAGAAUCAGCAACCCAAGUCAUGGCAAGGGAAACGAUUUUAUUGGAGGAAUCACUGCUACAGCUGUAUUACUCAUCAUCUGCCUACUGCUUGCAGUUUACUGCUUCAGCCGUUCUAGAAAAAGGCAAACCAAAGAUUCUCCGGUUUAUGUCAACAUGAUCUCGCUGAAGGGAAAACAGGCAACUAACCAAUCAACAUGCCAGGAAUACGAGGAUCAUUUAUAUAGUCGCUGACCACCAUGGAAGUUAGUAUUCUACAGAAACUACCACUGCCAAGGCAAUGCUCUCUGAAUGAUCACCAUAUUUCUGGUCAAAGCUUGCUGGACUGUAAUCAUAGGUAAAAGUAGACAUUGCAUUCACAUUUCGCAGGGGUGAAAUGAGAAAAACAGUAAACCCCUUGGCAAAUUCUUCCUCUCAAAACAUGUUAGCCUUCAUCUCUGUAGAGGCACCCCUCACAAACUACCAGGUACUCCUGUGAUGAUGUGACAUCACAAACAGGAAGUACCACCAGCUCGAGGCAUAUUCUGAAGACUUGGAUGAGGUUGUGCUUAGCGUGUUCAAGCAAGAAAAUACUGUAAACAAGCAGGACAGAAAAAAGAAUAAACGUUUGAGUAAACUGUA